UCCUGGGUCUCCUAGCAACGCGGGGCCCAGCUGCGCCUUGAAGGAGCGAGCGGCGGCGCAAGUCUUAAAUCGUCGGGCGCUGACCGGAACCCUGAGAAAGCCCGAACUUGGAAAUGGCGGACGAGGCCUUGUUCUUGCUGCUCCACAACGAGAUGGUGUCUGGCGUGUACAAGUCCGCCGAACACGGGGAAGUGGAAAAUGGACGCUGUAUUACUAAGUUGGAAAACAUGGGGUUUCGAGUGGGACAAGGAUUGAUAGAAAGGUUUACAAAAGAUACUGCAAGAUUCAAGGAUGAGUUAGAUAUCAUGAAAUUUGUUUGCAAAGAUUUUUGGACUACAGUAUUCAAGAAACAAAUUGACAAUCUUAGGACAAAUCAUCAGGGCAUCUAUGUGCUCCAAGACAACAAAUUUCGUCUGCUUACUCAAAUGUCUGCAGGAAAACAAUAUUUAGAACAUGCAUCUAAGUAUUUAGCAUUUACAUGUGGCUUAAUCAGAGGUGGCCUAUCAAAUCUGGGAAUAAAAAGUAUUGUAACAGCCGAAGUAUCUUCAAUGCCUGCAUGUAAAUUUCAGGUGAUGAUACAGAAGUUGUAGAAUGUACUGAAAAGCAAGGCAUCAGCAGUUUAAAAAGAUAAAUUAUUCACAUAUAAAGUAUUUCAAGUAGCAGUGACUUAAUUUCAUCUUUGAACAUUUAUAUUGCUAUAAGCUACUUGCCAAUUUAUAUAAUGAAAGCUGCAUUCAUAAGCAGAGGUAAGGUAUUUGAUACCGUAAUACUAACCCAGGUCAAAACAGUUAAGAUUCUACCAUAACAUAUACUUGUCUGAAACUAUUCAGAAUGAAUACCUUAUUUAAAAUAAAAUUAAAGCAAAGG